GACAUCUACUUCGUGGAACUGCCCUUGAUGAUGUCCUCAUGUAUACGGUGGUCCCACAACCAGAGGACUUCCAGCUGACACUGCCUGAUCCGGCCAGUAUGCAGAUCAUCAUCCCAUCAUUGAUCACGGACCAUCUAUUCCAGAUCUUAGUUGUGGAACAUGAUUUCAGUGGCACACAGUCUAGGCAAGCGCUGCGGUUUGAAGUCCCGAUCACUGUCCGACAAGUUUUUCAAGCCAGUGGUUUCGGAUGCUUGUGUGAUGCAGAGACCCGUUGCACGCUGCAAUACAUGCAUGGAAAUUGCCAGAAAGUCUUCUCAGAUGAAGAGGAUGUCUUACUGCCCUUUGCUUCUUUCGUGAGGAUCAUGGUGCAUUGGAUACCUUCUUUACCGUGCACGCCAUUCCGACCUUUGGUGGCGAGUGAUGUUGUUGCCAGACAGGUGGCGGCGGCUGUGCACCCCGCUGAGACCUUUUCCUUUGACCGGGCGGUCCGCCAGGCACGUGAAGUGCUGGCACAUGCAGCAGGAGACGAUGAAGAAGAUGAUCUCUCCACGCUCAUGCAACGGUUAGUGCCGGUGGAGGAAGCGCCCAAGGAUGAAUCGACGAACAACUCUGUUUAUGAUGUGAGUCCUUGGAUGCUGGGAGACAACACUGUUGAAAUGCCAAGCUUCGCCCCCUGGAUUGAGGCCGUUUUUGUCAAGCGACAGCUUCCGAAUGUGUCGUGGAAUGAAAUCAUGGAGCACCUCGACACGGACAUAGCGGACGAAUUUUCCAAUGUCAGUCUGGAACGACCCCAAGAUGUACCGUAUGUCGAGAUUUAUACAGACGGUUCCUUCUCGAAGGGCAAAGAAAAGCUUGCCUCAUGGGCAUUUGUGGCCUUGUGCCAGGUCGGCGCCCAGAAGUACACGCUAGGAACGGAUUAUGGACUCGUUGACCCAGACCCACUGUCAUCCGCAUGGACGGGAGCUGGAUCCUCGACAGCCAGAGAAGGGGAAAAUGAUGCAUUGAUCCGAGCCUGUGAAUGGUCCUUUGCUAUGGGCUAUGAAGUGCCCCACUAUUUCUAUACUGAUUCCACUGCAGCUGGGUAUGGGGCCAGCGGUGCUUCUGGCACAUCAGUAGAUGAUCUACAGGGACGCUUGAGUAGAAGCCUUGCGAAGGCAUUGGAUGCCUUCCUGUAUAUGACGGAG